AUGAGGGUUGCUGUGGUGCAGAGGAAGCUGGCAAUGUGGAAGGCAAGAUAUUUGUCUUUCUUGGGCAAGGUCCUGAAGGUGGAUGUACUGCCUUCCCUUCUGUAUUUGGCAUACAUUUAUCCAUUGCCAGCGAGCAUGAGGGGGCUAGUAUGGCUUGUUUCAGUUCAUGUGGGGGGGCAGGUAUGAGUAUGUCGCCAGGGCUCGCAUGCUCUCAACCAUCGGGGAGGGUGGGAGGGGAGUCCCACAUUUCCCACUCAAGCUGGACUCUAUUUUUGUUUCGUUUUUGUUGAAUGAGCUCGCUAAUCCGGUGAUUCAUCCCUCCGGUUAUUUUCUGCGGGUGUUUUUCUCGUACCAGGCGAGAAGCGUAAUGGUGUGGUCCAACACGGGUCCUCGGGCUGAACAGCUGCCGUGGCACUUCAGCCAUGCGGUGAAGUGGCUGCGUGCGCAUCCCGAGGUUGAAGUCGCCCGAGUAGGUUUGGAUCACAGACACCUGUACGAGGAGGUUAGACGUAGCGUUUGUGCGGCCCCUGUGGUGGGUACCCCUGCUGUGGUCUGGGAGAACAUACAGGUGCGGGGUUUGGACAACCGCCUCAAGGAUCUAAAUUGGUUAAGCCUCCACAAGUGCUUGCUGGUAAGAUCCAUCGUACCGGCAUAGUUUGGCACGAUCCCCUCAGUGUCCGAGACCAACUUGCGUUGGGGAGGAGACGAUACGCCACAUGUACUGGGACUGUGCUUUCGCAGGAGUAGUGUGGGCCAGGGCAGUGUUUACUAG